AUGGAUUUCCUGAACCCAAGUCCUACUGUUUUCCCGACGGUUCAGCCUUUGCAAAUUCCGCUUCCUCCUGACCAGUAUUCCCCUCCAUCAAGCCAAUUUGUUUCUGAACAUGACGGAGAAUCGAUUCCAGACUCGCAAAAAGAUUCAGGGUCGAUGGUAAAGAAGCUCUUCAAGAGUAGGAAGCAACUCUUGGAAACGCCUGUCAAGAAAGUUCCCAUCUCGAGAACCCGGGCAACAAAACCAAAGAAUAUCACGAAGGAACAAUUUGGAGAAAUUAGCUUUAACGAUGCCCCACUCAGAGUUCUUGACAAGUCAAAAGGGAAGCUGGAUGUAGCUGUGAUGAAGUGUUGUGCUGGAAAGCUGGUCUGGACGUUUGAAGAAGGUCGAAUGAUUCUUAAAAUGUGUAAUCGAUGUGUGGACCUCAAUAGAGGAUAUGCAAGAAUUUUGGAUUGA